AUGAUAUAUUCUCAACAAGACAUAAUCCAGCGGCUUACUGACCUUUGCACUAAGGUCGACAAUUUGGACGCCCAUAUUAGGAGUCUUGUCGCCGCCUCCACACCGCUUCCCGUUGAGGAAGGUCCGGCAUGGCAACAGGUCAGUUCGCUGGCCGCCUACGACCGAUUGUGUGCGGCUUUGUCAGAUACCCAAUACCGCCGUCGAUUGGUAACUUAUUUAUUAUCUAUAAACACUUUACACAGAUAUGCUACUUAUCUGGAGCUGGAGGUGAGAAUACGCCAGCAUUUGCUGGUCGCAUUUUCACCACCCUAUUCACCGAAGACGUAACAGAGUUUCUGACCUUCUACGGGAAGAAACCAGGAAGUAGAGCAUUUUUUGGUUCACCAAUCUACGACCUUAUACUCGGUAAGAAUUUAAAUUCAUGUACAUUAUGCAUUUUCCCUACUAGACGUCUUCAGUAAAUGGUGUGUAAGCCAUUCAUCCGACAGACAAAAACUAGAAGAGGCAUUUAAAAACGUCUUCAAAAGGGCUCACGACAGACAACAGCGAAAAUGCAACAAAGCAUCAAUUAGCGGACUGCAGAACGGUAAUAUAUAUACUUGCAUUAUUAAUUUGUCUGCUUAAUUAACUUUAAUGCAGAAUAAUACCACAAUUACAUGUUCUAACUGUUCUGCGUUAUCUUCCUUUCAGAUGCCCAACCGCCGGAAGACCUUGAGAGGACGCAGACUGAUAAUCAAUGA